AUGCGUUUUGUGCCGGGCAGGAGGGAGGGCGGAGGCGCACGAAGUUCCACGGAGGCGAGGGAGCCGCGCUUUGAGGUGCUCGAGGGCUCCAGCUUCACGCAGGCGGGAGGUAACAGCGGCGCGUCCGCGUCUGCAGGGCGUUCAGGGCUGCUGGUGCAGCCACAGCACCUCGAGGCUGCAGCGUCCAUGAACGACUCUGGCGUCAAUAGGCUUCACGGUGCCUCUCCCCCGCCCGCGUUCGCUUCCGCCCUCAGCGUGUCGUCGCCGCAGGCCUCCUCCUCCCCCUCCUCCUCCUCGCAGCAGGUGGCGCAGCUGUGGCGACUCGUGCAGGACCUCACCGCCGAAAACGCCGUCCUGCAGCAGCGGGUGCGGGUGCUAAUGGAGGGCGAAACCCGCGACGGCGCGCUGCCCGGCCUCCUCACUGCCCCCGCCUCCCCCGAGGAGACGGAGGCGCUGCUGCUGCGCGUGCGACGCCUGGAGGCGGCGCUGAAGGUGGAGGCGAUGGAGCGCGAGGCGCUGGAGGUGCGGCUGCAGGCCCAAGAGCAGGUCCUGACGCGCCUGAUACGGCGCUGA